AUGCUAGUGAUGUCAUAUACGUUAUACUUUAUCGGCCACUCAUUCACAUCGGAGCUCCCGUGGCAGAGGUGUGACCCCGAGUGGGCCAAUGGCACCAAUUGUACAGUUAGGUCCAAAAAUUCCACAUUUGCAGACGGAGUUUCUUCCAGUCAGGUGUUUUGGGAGCGUAAAGUAUUGGAUAUAUCGCCAGGAAUUGAUCAGUUGAAUGGCAUUAAAUGGGAUUUAGCCCUAUGUCUAGCCAUCAGUUGGAUUAUUGUUAUCCUUUGCCUUCUAAAAGAUGUUAUCUUAAUAUCACUAUUAAUUGCUGGUAUAACGCAAGAGGGUGCCUGGGAUGGAAUCAAAUUCUUCAUAGUCCCGCAAUGGGAUAAACUCUUGGAAAUUAAGGUAUGGCAGGCAGCGGCCGGACAAAUGUUUUUCAGCUUAAGUGUUGCGAUGGGAGGGCUUAUCAUGUUUAGCAGUUACAAUGACUUUCGGCAUAACAUUUUCCAAGAUGCGAUGAUUGUUAGUGUUUUGGAUACAAUUACAUCAAUAAUUUCUGGAUUAGUAAUAUUCUCAGUGUUGGGAGCAAUGGCUCACGAUUUGGAUGUAAAUGUGGCCGAUGUGGUCAAAAGUGGUCCCGGUUUGGCAUUUGUCACAUACCCGGAAGCUCUAACUCGUUUACCGUUUCCACAAGUCUGGUCCGUACUCUUCUUCUUUAUGUUGUUUACAUUAGGUCUCGAUUCUGAGUUUGCUCUCAUGGAGAACGUGUUGACGAGUCUUUCGGAUGAAAUACCAUUUCUUCGGAAACAUAAAUUAAAGUUCUGUAUUAUAACCGGAUUUGUGUGCUUUCUAUUGGGUCUGCCAUGUGUUACACGGGGUGGACAAUAUGUGUUUGAUGUGGUGGACAAUUAUGGCGGAAGCCUUCCUCUGGUGUUCAUAGCAGUGUCAGAAUGUGUGGCAUUGAUGUGGAUCUAUGGCUUUGAUAGGUUUGCCUUCGAUAUAAACUUUAUGUUAGGAAAACAAUUGGGAAUCUAUUGGAAGAUAACGUGGAAAUACACGUCACCCAUCAUUCUGUCCCUCAUUUUUGUCUAUUCGCUCAUUAAUUUUGAGCCCUUAAAAUAUGGCGAAUAUGAUUACCCCGAUUGGGCGGAUGCAGCGGGAAUCUGUCUCACCUUGAUCAUUGUACUACAAGUGCCCAUUUGGGCCAUUUAUGCCAUUUAUAAGCAAAAUAAGGGACAGAAUCUAAAAGAAAGACUUGAAUUGUCGUGUAUUGAUUCGGACAACUGGGGGCCUAAAGAUAAGGUUCUUAGAAAUGAAUGGCGAACUAAAUAUGCAAACUGUCUGUCAUUUCGAGGCCAUGACUCGAGUCCGCACAAAGAACCGGCAGUUCUGAUGAAAUGCCAGACAAUAGACAAAACAACUAUAAGCGCCGACAAUCCGGCCUUUAUUCCCGACAUUCCUUAACUUAUAUAUCAUGUGAUCAUAUAAUAUGAAUUCAUUUAAAGCACAU